AGUACAGAGUGCCGAUUGGAUGCUCCAAAAUGCACAUCAAGCAGAUCGUCAUCGAGAACUUCAAGUCCUACAGGGGACACCAUGUUUUCGAUGGCUUGCACCCAGGACACAAUGCCAUAGUUGGUCUCAACGGUUCCGGCAAGAGCAGCCUCCUGGAGUCCAUCAGCUUCGUCCUGAGCGACCGCUACUACCCAAUCCCAGAAGACCAAAGGUUCUCAGUGAUCAACAACAGCCCCAUAAACCACACGAGAUCGGCCUCAGUCGAGAUAAUCCUCUCGAACGACGACAAUGUCCUCUCAGUAGACGCCCCAGAGGUUCGAAUCCGCAGGGUGAUCUCCCUCGAGUUCGACCGCAUCACCAUCAACAACGAGAGCUUCGAGCCCGCAGACCUCUUCCAGCUCCUCUCACCAGUCUUCCCCAGGGAGAAUCCUUACCACAUCAUUCGACCGGACGAUGUGGCUCAUCUAGUCACUGGCUCUGUCAGAUUCAAACUGAUCUCCACAGCAAUUGGACUCCCCGCCUACCAGAAGCGCCUGGAGGACCUCCUCUCCAAGAUCUCCAAAAAAACCGAGUUCCUCUCGCAGAAGAAGCCAGAGAUCGUCGCCCUGCGCGAGACGCUCUCCCUCACUGGAGCCAAAAACUCUCGCCUGCAGAAGCUCACCGAGAGAAAACGUUACCUGGACCACAAACUCUGCACCCUGACCGUCGGCAGUUUGACGUCACACCUUCGAAAGCUCGACGAGGAGCUCCUGAGAGUUGAAAGAGCGAAGGAAGCCUGCAGCCAACUCCCUGAGGAGCUCCAGGCGCUCUCGCUCGAAGAGUCCGAAAUAAAGAGGAAGCUCCAGGGGUUGAAGUCAGGAGAACUCCAGAGCUUCGCCCAACGACGCCAGAACCUAGUCUUCAAGAUCUCGGCCCUCGAGGAGGAGUCGCAAAUGCUCGAGGAGAUGCUGCUGAAGGCAAGAAAAACCGUUGAAGAGGCCCCCCACGAGCUGGAGGCCCACGAGGAGCAGAUGCUGGCCCUCUUCAGGAGGAGGAAAGCCCUCAAGAGUUCCCCCCAGGUCUCCAGCAAGUCCCCCCAGGAGGAAGUGCUCCUGGAGAACGAAGAACUGGAGAGCAAAGUGGCCCAGAUACUCUCCCAGAAGAUUGAAUCUGAGGAGAGGCUGAACGCCCUGGAGAAGCAGUUGAGGGCAGCAGAGCUCCAGCUCUGCGAUCACAAGAGGCAGAGGGAAAAGUUCCUGGAGUCCAGGCAGUACCUCCUGGGGGACGUGAGGGCAGCCAGCCUCCACGACGACAUCGAGGCCCUGACGAAGGACGUGACGACGAUCAGGCAGCAGCUGCAGCUGGAGGGCAUCAAGGACGUCCUCGAGGGGAUCGAGUCUGUCAGGAAGAUCCUGAAGGCCUGGAGGAAGAAGGAAGGCAUGGGCUACUUCGUUAAUGGAGUCAAGGGGGUCUUCCUGGAUGUCUUCACCAUCAGAGACCCUGGGGUGGCCCUUGCUGUGGAGGUCAGGGGUGCUGACAAACUCUUUCACCACGUCGUGAGGGAUCAGGAGGUGAUCGACGAGAUCAUGUUUGAGAAGGCUGAGCGGAAGCUGGGGGGAAUCGUUAAGUUCAUCUCCCUGAAGGAUAUCCGACGUCAGAGGGUCAGGCCUCUGACGAAGGAGUUUGAUUAUCUGGCCUCGUACCUGGUGCCUCGUGAGGAGGAGUUCAAGAAGGCUGUGGAUUUUGUCUUUGGAGAUACUGUUGUUGUGAGGAAUACGAAGGUGGAGGUGGAGGCUGCCAGGAGGUGUGGACUCCGGUGGAUCACCCGAGAGGGGAAACAGGACCGAGGGAAAGUCAGAGGUGACCAGCCAGACGGAAAUUUUUCUCUCGUAGGGCUCUACGAAUUGUACCGAGAAUCCAGAGACAAACUCGAAGACAUGGAGAUUAAAUGGAGAGGGCUCCUCAGGCUCGAGGAGCUCGACUUCAAGGUCUCCGAGGCGAGACAACACUUCUUGAGGCUUGAGUUCGACACCGAAGAGGGCUCGAUACAACUCGAGAGGAUAAACAGGGUUUACAUGACCUUGAAGAGGUCCCUGGAGGAGAAGAGGAUGAGGUUCGAGGAGUCGAGACGCAAAUUUUUGGCUGCAGGAGGGGGAAUUGAGGAGUUGGGGGGGACUUCUGUGGAUGGGGUUGAGGCCGCCAUGGAGGAACUGCGGAGGGAGUCCUCGUUACUGAGGAGAGAGCUUGAAGCAGCGACUGGGGAGAUUCGUGUUCUCGAGGGGAGGCUGGAGUCCCUGAGGACCAUUUUACUUCGUCACAGGGAGGAGAAGGACGACCUUGAGCUCUGGUCUGGGGACUGCUCCCCAGAUCUCCUCAGGACAAGACUUGCUGUCAUCCAAGAGGAUCAGAGGAGAAUCCUGGAGAGGGAGAAGGGUUGGAAGGCAGCGAAGGAGCACGUGGAGAUGAUUAAAUUUAGGGUGGAUACUCUGGAGAUGGAGAUUAAGGGGCUGAGGGAGUGGGAUCUCAACCAGGGGCCCGUCCCCUUGGUCCAGGACGCGGGGAUCUUCGAGGCAUUGGGGAAGGAGGAGUUGCAGGCGAGGAUCAGGGACCUGGGGAGGGACGAGGAGGCUCUUGGGGCUGUGGAGCCUGGUAUCAAGGGCAAGAUGGAGGCGUUGGAGGGACAUUUGAAGGCUUUGGAGGAUCUGGUGGUGAAGGAGGAGGAGAGGAAGAGGAGUUACGUGGUGGAGGUGGAGAGGAUUGAGGCGGAGAGGGUCGAGGCCUUGAGGGCUGGAUUCGAGAGGAUCAACGAGUUUUUUGGGGAGAUUUUUGGGGAGAUUGUGGUGAAUGGGAGGGCUAGGCUGUAUCCAGUGGAUGAGGAUGGGGGGGAGGUGGAGGAUGGCGAUUGGGGGAGGGUCAGGGGGGUGAGGAUGAGGGCGACAUUUGGUGGGGGGCAGGAGGUGGAGAGAAUGCAUCAGCUCUCUGGGGGACAGAAGACUGUCAUCGCUCUGACUUUGAUAUUUGCUGUUCAUAGGUUCAAGCCAGCGCCUUUUUAUUUACUUGAUGAGAUUGAUAAGGCACUUGAUGAGAGCUUCAGGGCCUCUGUGGCUGGGCUGGUUCAUGGGUUGAGUGGGAGUGCCCAGUUUUUGAUCAUUACGUUUAGGGAGGAGUUGUUGAUGCAGGCUCAGAGGUAUUUCAAGGUGACUUCGCGUCAUGAUUGUUCACAUGUGGAGGGCUGCAGUAGGGAGGAGGCUGUGGAGAUCAUUAGGAGCGAUCCUGAGGAAGAGUGGAGAGCUAUUUCUGAUUUUUUUUUGGUAUGAGUGAUUCAUUUAUCUUCAAUUUUUCCUUGAUGUUUUUUUUGGGUGAUUGAUUCUUCUAUUUUUUUCGUUCUCACUGGAACGCUUUUGUUGGAACAAAAUGAGAGUUUUCUCGACAUUUCCCAUCAGGAUCACCAAUUAAGCGGAUAAUUACAGAUCUAUUGUAAUUAUAUUUAAUUGUCACUUGUUAUCAUUGCGUUAAUGUUCAUCCCUAUUUUUUUGAGUGAGGUUGGAUGGAACUUUAGGUGAGAAAAAUGAGAAACAAAUAUUCAAUCCUUAUAAUUCAAUUUCGGUACGGAACAAUACAUCUAUUUGUACUGUAUCUUAUAAGAAACGACUGAACCUGACGUGAAAUAAAAUGAACUCACAUUAAA